UAUUUUUAAUUAUCAUUUAUUUAUGGAAGAGGCACGAGAUUUUUCUCAUGUUGGUUAAAAGAUACUAACCAUCGAUAAGUUAUGUUAUAAGAAGUGUCUGAAGAAUUAUGAGAGAGCCAUGAACGUUAAGGAGGAAGCCUGUUUGAGUAUUAAAAAUAUUGAUCAUAGAAAAUUGUUUAGCCAAAGUAAUCAACGGAAUAGACUUUCUACACAAUCUCAACAACAAAGGAGGUUUGGAUAGAGCACCAUUUAAAACUGAAGGGGGAUUCUGGUCAAAGUGAGAGAUUAUUUUAAUAUUUAUUA